AUGUUCCAACCAUUUGUCCAUCCAUUCGUCUUCAUUCCAUCGAAAGAUGAAAUAUUACUACUCCAAUGUUCACAACAUUCAAUCACUUCGACAAUAUUACUACACUCUUCCAAUCAUUAUCAUUCACAACAUCGUCAUCGCAUAAGGCCAACUGAUGGAACAAAAGGGCGUGGCAAUGGCAUUUGUGUCAUUGGUGGGACCGUAGAUGAUAAGGCGGGGCUGGAGAGAGCCGCGGAAAUCGAUAUAAAAUGA